AGUACGACAAUCGCCUCCCUUCGAAGAUAACAAAAAAGAGAUCUAGUCCGUUGGUUUAAAUCGAGUGAAAGGCAAUAUAUAACUGAAGAAAAGUAAGAAUAACGACCAAAAAGGGCAAUGACAAAUCGGUGUUGACUCUCAAGUGGCAAAAUUGAAUCUGUAUUGUGAUAGUCUUCAAAAGGCUCAUCACUGAAAGAGCGUCAAUCUGGAAACAGUCUAUCUCGGCUCCGCUGAAAGAAAAAUUAAAAUUGAGACUCCUGUUCGGCCGGAAAGAGACAGCCAUUUGUCUUUCAGAAUUACACACAGGGACAGUUCAUUGACCUGACCAAACUUCGACGAGCAAACAGGAGCUGCAGGUGUCUCGUAAUAAUAAUAAUGGAGGUUGAGAGCCAUAAUGUCCGAACAAGCUGAAUCGAGCCUCGCAUACUGGAGUCAAAUCUACGGACCCGUUGACCCAAACAAACUCGAGGGAGACGACUCGCAGGAGAUCCGGAAGGACUCGGCCAAGGAGAAGUCCGCCAAGGGAACUCGCAUGGGAGGAGAGACAUCACCAUUCGCCAUGGACAACAGGGAUCCUAAUAACCUGAAUCCGCACAUCCAGGUGGUUGUUGUUGCACCGACACCAAUGGUGCGUCACACACGCUCCCCUCACACGUUGAUGUCGAUCCUGUGGGAUGACAUCAUAGGAGAGGCGGAAGGACUCCGGACACCGGAAAAAUGCUGGAACUGCUCUAUAUCCUGUUACGACGGAACGCGCCGCUGUUGUUAUGUUUUCUUGGUCAUUCUCUGCGCGCCUCUCAUCGCCUUCUGCAACGGAUGCCAGUUCGCCUGCCUCGCCUUCAACCAUGUAUGGUGCGUCGGACCUUGCCUGAGAAUGUGGAAGAUCAACAUGGCUACUCUGAAGAAGUUCUGGGAAGCCUGGCUCUACGCCGUCUGUCUGCCGAUGUUCGAGACCUGCGGAAUGUGUUGCGCGAAGGCCAGCGUCAAGUACCAGAAGCUCCCGGACGCGAUGACGGCGGAGACCUCCUCGGAUUACUUCAACGUCUGAGGAACGGGAUGGGGAAGGCAAGGGCAACUGGAGGACGGAAAAGCAAAAGGAACAGAGCAAACUGAACACCACUCGAGAAUCAAUUGGAAAUUUAGGGGUAUUGCAGAGACUUAUGAAUUCAUAACGAAUGGUUUGUUGUCAACGACAGCUUUCAUAAACGUAGGGAAAUUAGGUUUAAGAUCAAAUUGAGCUACGGAGGUUUUAAUGUCACGGUCUGCAAAACGAAAUUGGGGUUAGUUAAGUCCCUGUAAUUAUGAACUUUCUCACUCUAGUAUGACUUUGCAAUCUGAAACGGUAAAAAAACUGAGAAUUCUUGUAAAUAGUUCUCACUAACUCUACCAGGUUUUUGUUUUUUAAUUAACUCAAAAUAAGAAUACCACAGAGAUCUCUCUUCCCAGGAAUAAUAAAAAAAAAACUUAGCGAACGAUUCAUUUUUCAGCUAUAAUAGAAUUCGAUCUGUCAACUGUUUUGAGAGAACUAUGCUUGAAAAAUUAAUUGUGAAAUUGAAUAUUAACAGGAGCACAAGAUUUCUUCUUUUCUUCGACCAUUUUUAAAUUAGGAACGUAUCUUGUGAGAAUGCAGCUAACCAAAGAUGUGACUACUUUUAAAGUGAGUAGAUGUAUGUCGUUAAACGCAUUUCCUUGAAAAAGAUUCCUCCUCCUUCUCGAGACCUUUCCAGGUAUAAAACGAAUUCCCUUGAGGUCAAAACCAAUGUAUAUUUCGGUGAGGGUCGUAUGCAAGCGUCGCAACUUUUAACCAAGUGCCUGACCUGCACAUUCGCACACGAGAAACUCACUUCCGCACAUUCAGAGUGGUCGUUGGGUGAUGAACCAAUAAUUAUUAGGCAGAAGUUUGUGGGUAAAAGUUCUACAUAUAUUGCUGUCAGUUGAUAUUCCCUUGAGCCACUAUUAACCCUAUUUAUCCACCCCGUUGUAUGAAUGACAGUGAAUGAUGCAGUCACUUGCUGCUAACAGCUCGUCUGCCACGGUUGCCUGCUACUCCAGACAUCAAGAGUUCAUUCGUCAAAGGAAUGCGUCACGAUAUACUUUGAUACAGUUCUUUUCAUUGUAUAAGCUUAUAAUAAGAGAAUACUUUAUUUUCCACACAGUCAUUAUCUAUGCAUGUAAUGCCCGUAAGCAAGUACACAAUUAUUCAACCAUGCAUACACACCUAUAGAUAUAUUUUUAUAUGUUAAUCUACGCAAUAUAUAUAUAUAUAUAUA